CUCUCUUCUUCCUCUGCACGCACACCUCUCUCCUUUUUUCCUCCGUACACCUCUCUUGAUUUAUAUAUAAGUAUAAGGUAGCAGUUUGAUAGUAUAACAAUGGAUGGCUUGUGCGGGCGUCUUUCGCUUCCCCCGAAAAGAAACAUUGCCUUGAAGGACGUGGCAUGGCCUUGACAGAGACUGUUGACUCCCAUCGCCAUUGCGAAACCAAUCAUCCUUACACAGUUACAGCACUUUGAUCCUCGUAUCUCUCGAAAAACCAGCGGCAAAAUCUUUACCAGCUAAGAAAAUUUAUUCUCCAAUUAAAUAUAAAUAAAAAAAAAAAGAAAAAAGAGACAAGAAGGUGCUGCUAAUUAACAGAUUUAAAAAUGUCCAAACCACCCUUACCUGCUAAGAGAGUUCCCGCAGUCCACAGUAUAAAUUGGCGCAAUCUGAAUUCGGAAAGCGUCAUCAGAAUGUUAGUGAGUUCUCUUGAGUCGUUCGAAGGGUUCCACGAGGGAUGGGUUCGGCGUCAAGAGAAGUUGUUGCCGCGGCUUCUCAGCGCUGAGAGCGAGGAGCAACAGAAAAGCGUAAUCGAGCAAGUUCUGUGUGACUACCAGCAGUUUCUGGAAGAGAAAGCGAGGUUGGCAAACGCUGACGUCUUCCUCCUCUUCUCGGCGCCAUGGCUGUCGGCGUACGAGAGGGCGCUCCUCUGGAUCGGGGACUACAAGGCGUCGUUGAUAGUCCGUCUACUAGAGGGCAGCGUGGAGGGGUUGACGGGGGAGUAGAGGGAGGGGGUGGAGCGUGUGAGGGAGGAGACGAAGAGAGCGGAGAGGGAGGUGUCUGAGGCAAUGGCGUCAGUUCAGGAGAGCAUGGGCAGCCCGUGCAUGGUGGGGCAAGAGCAGGAUCAGGAAGCGGCCAUUCAAAGGGGGAAGAAGAAGAGAGGUGUAAAAAAAGAAGAGAGGUGCACGGAGCAAAAAGAAGAAAAGAGGUGUGCGGAAGAAAAAGAAGAGAGGUGCACGGAGGAAAAAAGAAGAGAGGUGCAAAUAAGGGUAAUUUAGGAAUUUUAUAUAUUUUAAAAAAAAAGGGGGUGUAUUUAUAUAAAAAUGGAGGUUUGUUUAUCACCUGGUGAAAAUGGGGCAAUCGAAUUGGGCUUAACUACCAUGCGCCAAUCAUAUAUGUGGACAAAAGAAAAGUAACCAGAAAUUUAUUCUUUUAAAAAAGAUGUAAUUGGUACUUGAUAUUUGUGGGGUAAAGAUAGAUACUAAAAAGGGUGUUAAAUAGUGUUAAUAAGAAGCUUGCACUUUUUCAAGUAGUGAGAUGGUAACUAACACUUAAGAGAUUUGAAGACAGAGAAGGUGGAAUACACGAUAUUUUUAUACUAAUUUGUUUUAACCAUUAAUAUUAUGUUCAAUUCUUAAACUAACUAGGUUAAUUUUUACUAUAUUAAACAAAAUAUAAAUAUUCUUUUAAUAAGUCAUUUUUGGUUCAAGUUUAAGUGUUUUUUGAAUUAUUUUUUCAAGUAAUUUAUUCAAGUAUUUUUCAUACAAAGCCUCUCUAGAUUUUAACAUCAAAUAUUCUUUUAUAGUCAAAUCUUUCCAAGCUUAAACAAUAAGUAUUUUUCUAUAGAUAAUCAUUUCUAGACUCAAAUAACAAGUAUUUUUUUACAGAUAAGUCUCUUUAAGCUCAAAUCCAAUAAUUUAGAGUUACUAGGGUUUACAAAGUUGUUUCGUCUUCUUAUCAAGAUGCGAUACAAAAAAUUAAGUACAAAGAGCUUUAAGAAAGCAUAUGUUUAGUACAAUUGCUUUUAAAAAGGUUCUCCUCUCUCUCUCUCUCUCUCUCUUCUUUUUGAUCGUGAAACUUCUUAAAUAGUAGUCUGAAUGAAAAUGAUUGU